ACGAAACCUUCCGUUUUGCUAGCCGCCGUCACGGUUACCGCCGCCGUCGUCGGUGCCGCUAACGUCGCCGUCAAAACGUAUCACGUGAUAGUGGUUGUCAGUAUACAGCGUGAACUAGAGUGCUGACUGUUUUCCGUAUUUUACUUAUUGCCAUAGUAUUUACCGAGUUUUUUGUUUUUGCGUGUUAUACACAUUUUUUUUAUUGGUUUUUACGUGUUUUAGUACACUAUAUUUUUAGUAUUUACUAUUGUAUUAGUAAAACUACAGUCUAUAAUGGAUCCUAUUGAUAUUCCUUCACCUAAGAAAAAAAAUCCUUGUGGAAAGUUUAUUGGUACUGGUCAAAAACAAAUAAUAAUCAAUCUGUACAAAGAUAUAGUUAAUCAACAACCCGAAAAUCCUGACAGCCCCCGAUUGAAGUACAAAGAAAUGCUUUUGAAAAUUUCAAAAGCAACCGGUAUUGGUCAACGUACAGUUCAGACAACUUUGGCCGAAUAUAAAAAUAAAGGUACUGUAACAUCGCCCAAUAAGAAGAAAAAUAGACCUACGAUUAUUGAAAAAGUGGACGAUUUUGACAAAAACGCAAUAAGGCAAAAAAUCCAUAGUUUUUGGCUCAAUCGUGAAGUGCCCACAAUUGCAAAGAUGUUGACUGCCAUAAAUGAAGAUGAGACACUACCAGAUCUAAAACGUUAA